CUGGAAGAAUUGCUGCAGGGCAGAGAAGUUCUUCAGCCAGAACUGUUUGCAGAGGCCUGGCACUUGACAAGCAGGAGAAGGCACUCUUUUAGGACGCUCCAAAGAUGACUAAAGACGAUACUGCUGUCCAUUGCUUCCAGGGCCUCCUGAUAUUUGGAAAUGUGAUCGUUGGUAUGUGUGGCAUUGCCCUCACCGCUGAGUGCAUCUUCUUCGUGUCAGACCAGCACAGCCUUUACCCGCUCCUGGAAGCCACCGACAAUGAUGACAUCUAUGGGGCAGCCUGGAUUGGCAUGUUUGUGGGCAUCUGCCUCUUCUGCCUUGCAGUGCUGGGAAUCGUUGGCAUCAUGAAGUCCAGCAGGAAAAUUCUCCUAGCGUAUUUCAUUCUGAUGUUUAUCGUAUAUGGCUUCGAAGUGGCGUCUUGUAUCACAGCAGCAACACAGCGAGACUUUUUCACACCCAACCUCUUCUUGAAGCAGAUGCUUGAGAGGUACCAAAAUAAUACUCCUCCAAACAACGAUGACCAAUGGAAAAACAACGGUGUCACCAAAACCUGGGACAGGCUUAUGCUCCAGGACAAUUGCUGUGGCGUCAACGGCCCUUCAGACUGGCAGAAAUACACAUCUGCCUUCCGGAAGGAGAAUAUUGAUGCCGACUAUCCCUGGCCUCGCCAGUGCUGUGUUAUGAGCAAACUUAAAGAGCCUCUUAACCUGGAUGCCUGCAAACUAGGAGUGCCUGGUUAUUAUCACAGCCAGGGCUGCUAUGAACUGAUCUCUGGCCCAUUGAACCGACAGGCCUGGGGAGUUGCCUGGUUUGGAUUUGCCAUUCUCUGCUGGACUUUUUGGGUUCUGCUGGGUACCAUGUUCUACUGGAGCAGAAUUGAAUAUUAAAAUAAAGCAUCGUCAUCCUAUCGCCUCUGCCAAUGACUUCAAUUUAAGGUGCUGAAGAUGAGCUCUCCUAAUAUUUUCCAUCUGUGCAUUGUCCCAGGAACGCCUGCAUCCUCACCAAAAUGGCCAAGUCUGUUGGAAUAAGCUUAUUGAAACUCUAAAAUUCUCAUCACUCAUGUUUUCACCUCAGUCAGCUACAUUUUUGUAGACUGUAAGAGAGAAGAGAUACGGAAAAUGAAUAAUAAGAGUGCCCAUCCCUGUUUAUUUUUAAUUUGAGGGUUAAAGACAUUUCAAAAGAACUAAUAUUAUCAUGGCAAGCGAAGUCUAAGUUUGGAGAGCAAAUCUGCCUGCAUUUUUUUUAUAUUUUAUAAAAAGAAACCUUCAAAGAUUUUCCUUUAUCUCAGCAUUGUCUGGUGAAAGAAAUAAGAAAAAGGCUGCUGAAACGUAUCUUUUGCCUUUUGUUCUAUGAGGUCCUCCACCUCAGGAGACUAAGAUGGUUUCUUAAUGCUACUCUGGGACCCUUUUAUUCUCCAGAACAAUGCCUGAUUGUGAGUUGAUCUUGAAUUAACAAUGGGUGAAAUUUCCUGUCAGACAUGGCAGAGUGAUAGAUGUUUAGCAAACUCAAACUUUCCUUUAAUUAAAACUAUGCAGGGGUCAGGGAGAUGGCUCAAAUGCUUGGAGCACAUGCUGGGACGCAGAGACCUCCUGGUCAUGCAAACACUGCAGGGAGAGACCCCCCGAAAACAUUGACGCUGAGUACCACCGGAGAUGGCUCAGAAACCAAAAUAAUUUUUCAAAAGAUUAUGUGGACUAGAGGGACAAAAUAGUUGCUUGUUAUAUAUUAAUCAGUCUCAAUUUAAAACACCUUUUAAAUCGGGGAUGUUGAUACAUGAGGGAUUUCUAGCGACUCUGGCGUACUGUCAAAAUAUUUCUCUUCUAAACUGUUUCCAUUUGUGCUCCUGAAAGAGGUUCUUAGAAUUCUGUAUUCGUCUAAUAUUUAAAAAAUAAAGCAAACUUUUA